AUGGCGGCCGCCAGCGACAGAGCCCGCUUCUACCUGGAGCAGUAUGUGCCCGAGUUGCAGGAGUCCGAGCAGAAAGGCAUCUUCACCCGCGACGAAAUUUCGGCCAUCACCAAGAAGCGAAGCGACUUCGAGCACACUCUGAAUGCGCGAGGUUCUACGACCGCCGACUACGCCCGCUAUGCGACCUACGAGAUGAAUCUGGACAGUCUGCGCAAGAAGCGGUGCAAGCGAUUAGGCGUCAAGUCAACCACGUUCAGCGGCCAGCGCACCAUCUUCUUCAUCCUUGAUCGCGCGACCAAGAAAUUUCCCAGCGACAUGGGUCUCUGGAUGCAAUACAUCAACUAUUGCAAGAAGGAGAAGGCGAACAAGAAGCUGAGCAAAGUCUUCACCGCUGUGCUGAGACUGCAUCCGCGCGACUGGAGUCUGUGGGUGCUGGCUGCGAAAUACUAUGCCGAAGCGCAAGGAGACAUGAGCACCGCGCGGUCGUUCUUGCAGAGAGGACUGCGAUUCUGCAAGGAUGAGAAGAAGUUGUACUUGGAGUACGCGAAGCUCGAGAUGGUAUAUCUCGCCAAGUUGUCGGCAAGACGGAAGAUCUUGGGUCUGGACGGGAGCCGGGAAGAGAAGCAAGAAGACGAUGAGAACAUGAUUGCUUUGCCCACCAUCACUGCCGAAGACAUCGACCCAGAUGCCGGCAAGGGCAUUGAGGAAGUUGAUGAGAAUGCACUGAAGCGAUUGGAAACCGCACCUGCAUUCUCUGGCGCCAUCCCCAUCGCCAUCUUCGAUGCUGCCAUGAAGCAGUUCCAUCAGAAUGCGCCUGAAGUGGCCGAGGCCUUCUUCGAUCUUAUCUCGUCAUUUGACAAUGUGCCUUCAACGACCACCAUACUGCAGCACAUCCUGGAUUUCCUGCACUCUGCCUGGCCAUCAUCUCCCGAAGUCGUCGUCUGCGACGCCAAGCUUCAAUUCUUCGCCAUUGAUUCGCAAUCGCCAGAGUUCCCAGCAGCUCUGAGUAAAGCACUUGCAUCCGUCAAGACUGGCCUUGACAAAGCCUCGAAGAAAGAUCGUCUACGACUUGCAGAGAGGGCGAUUUUCUUACUGUUGCCAUAUCUUGACACAGCUUCAGAAGGAUCCGCAGCAGUAGAUGAAGACAUUGUCAAGGUUCUGGAGGCGAGUGUCAAGCGGUAUCUUCGUAUCGCAGCAGAAGCCAAGCCCAAACCGGGUCGAAAGGUGGGACCAGCAGCUAUGAUCGAGCAGGCUCUGAAGAACGGCGACGAGAUGCAAGCGAGUUUACUGGUGGGGUUUGCCUCAGAUCUGGGGCUGAGAUGA